UUGCCAAAUGGCAUCAAAUAUCAGCAUCACAUUAACAAUAUAAAAAAGAUAACGGAAAAGUAUAUUCUCAAUUAAAAAUUAAGAGAGGCGGAAUUUUUAAUUCAAUGUAUUUGUUUAAAAAAAAAUGGUUUCGCUCCACUUAUGAAGAAGCGUUACGCGUUAUUGCGUGUUGUAGAGCUGAAUAGUGUGAGUAAAAGUAACUACAAAUUCGAAAUUCAAUACUUGAAGUUGUUCUUAAUUUGUGAUUUUUCUCCGUGAGUUGGAGGAAAUGGCAACGAGUAUAGGCAUGAUGGACAGUGCUUACUUUGUCGGCAGAAAUGAGAUUCUGAAUUGGAUCAACAAUAGACUCCACCUUAAUCUCUCACGCAUUGAGGAGGCUGCAUCUGGUGCUGUACAGUGCCAAAUGAUGGACUUGACGCAUCAAGGGGUUGUUCCAAUGCACAAGGUGAACUAUGAUGCAAAGACGGAGUAUGAUAAGAUCCAGAAUUACAAAGUUCUGCAGGAUGUGUUCAACAAGCUGAAAAUUGACAAGCAUAUUGAAGUUAGCAGGCUUGUUAAAGGCAGACCUUUGGAUAACUUGGAGUUCCUCCAAUGGCUGAAACGUUACUGUGAUUCUGUAAAUGGAGGCAUUAUGAAUGAGAACUAUAAUCCUGUGGUGCGAAGAAUUAAGGUUGGAAAAGACCGGAACUUGAAAUGUUCUCUGAAGAAAUCAAAAUCACUGCAAAUGAAUAUUAUGAGUAAUUCAGGCUCAGGCAACACACUCGGUCCUAAUAGAACCUCAGUGGCCAAGCCAGUCAGGUCAAGUGGAGUGGCAGGUGGGGCUAAUUCUGCAGCUGAGAUUCAGGCUUUGUCCAAAGAGAUUACUGAUCUCAAAUUUUCUGUGGAUCUUCUUGAAAAAGAGAGAGACUUUUACUUUGCAAAACUACGGGAUAUAGAAAUUAUUUGUCAAACUCCUUCAGAAGCGGACAAUAUCUCUAUUUCUGCAGCAAUUAAGAAGAUUUUAUAUGCCAAUGAUGCAAAGGAAUCAGCACUUGAUGAAGCUCAAGAUUAUCUUAAUCAAACUAUAAAUGCUGUUGAAGCUGAAGAUUAUCUUUAUCAGACUAUGAAUGCUGUCGAAGCUGAAGCAGAUGUUGAAGCUGAUUUCCAGAACUAGAUGUUGAAGCUGAUUUCCAGAACUAGCUCCUGGUUCGUAUGUGCCAAGAUAUUUGCAAGCCUAUUUCUUAAAUUUAAUUCUGUCUUACAAGUCUGGUGGUGAUCCUGCACCCUCCUAUGGUCGUAAAGCACCAUGUAAUGAAAGUUGAGAUAUAAUGCCUCUGUUAUCUUGUAAGACUGGACAGAUAAUCACAUGAUCAAUGACUGGUCUUUCCCAUAAUAGAUUUUAUCUAAAUACCAUUUCUUCACUAAUAAAAGAAUUGCUCUAACGAACAUUGUUCAAGGAAUGAAAGUUUCGCAGCGACAAUAUAUUCACUGUUUUGUUUA